AUGGGGGCAGCGGUGGUGCAAAGUGAGACCCACCUGAGUCGGGCGGGGAGGGGCUACCAGCCGCGAUGGAGUCUCCUCUCCCGGCGGGUGCUCGGGCACCGGCCGAAGUCUCACCUGCUCCCUGCCCUGCCCGAGGAGGCUGACUCGGACGCGCUAGACAUCAGCACCAAGGUGCAGCUCUACGGUGUGCUGUGGAAGCGGUCCUUCGGGAGGCCGUCGGCCAAGUGGUCCCGGCGGUUUUUCAUCAUCAAAGAGAGCUUCCUUCUUUACUACUCUGAGAGCGAAAAAAAGAGCUUUGAAACCAAUAAAUACUUCAAUAUCCAUCCCAAGGGUGUCAUCCCUCUGGGCGGCUGCCUGGUGGAGGCCAAGGAAGAGCCCAGCAUGCCCUAUGCCAUGAAAAUCUCCCACCAGGAUUUCCACGGGACCAUCUUGCUGGCCGCCGAGUCAGAGUUUGAGCAGACCCAGUGGCUAGAGAUGCUGCAGGAGUCUGGGAAGGUGACUUGGAAGAAUGCCCAGCUGGGAGAAGCCAUGAUCAAAAGCCUGGAGGCCCAGGGGCUGCAGUUGGCCAAGGAGAAGCAGGAGUAUUUAGACAAACUGAUGGAAGAGACCGAAGAACUCUGCCUUCAGAGGGAGCAGAGAGAGGCUCUUGAGCGCCUGAACCAGGUGCUGGAGGCCGAGAAGCAGCAAUUUGAGGAGGUGGUGCAGGAGCUGAGGGUGGAGCAGGAACAGAUCAAGAGGGAGCUUGAGCUGACUGCAAGAUGCCUCAAGGGCGUGGAGCAAGAGAAAAAGGAGCUGCGACACUUCACAGAGUCCUUACAGAAGACGCUGGAGGAGCUCUCCAUAGAGAAGAAGAAAACCCUGGAGAUGCUGGAGGAGAAUGAGAACCAGCUGCAGACGCUGGCCGAUCAGAGCGAGCAGCCGCCUCCCAGCGGGGGUCUCCAUAGCAACCUGAGGCAGAUCGAGGAGAAGAUGCAACAGCUCUUGGAGGAGAAGCUCCUGGCGGAGAAGCGGAUGAAGGAGAAUGAGGAGCGCUCCAGGGCCCUGGAGGAGGAGCGGGAGUUCUACUCCAGCCAGUCCCAGGCGCUGCAAAACUCGCUGCAGGAGCUGACGGUGGAGAAGCAGCAGGCUGAGCGUGAGCUCAAGGCUGAGGUGAAGGUCCGCAUGGACCUGGAGAGGCGUCUGCGGGAGGCAGAAGGGGCCUUGCGAAGCCUGGAGCAAGGGCUCAACUCCAAGGUGCGGAACAAGGAGAAGGAGGAGAGGAUGCGGGCUGACGUGAGCCACCUGAAGAGGUUCUUUGAAGAGUGUAUCCGGAAUGCGGAACUGGAGGCCAAGAUGCCGGUCAUCAUGAAGAACUCGGUGUACAUCCACAAGGCCGCCACUCGCCGCAUCAAGAGCUGCCGCUUCCACCGGCGCCGGUCCAGCACCUCCUGGAACGACGUGAAGCCGUCCCAGUCCUUCAUGACCUCCCAGCUGGAAGCCAACAACAUGGAGGAGCUGAAGGAGGUGGCCAAGCGGCUCAGCAGGGACCAGCGCUUCCGAGAGUCCAUCUACCACAUCAUGGCCACGCAGCCUGGAGCCCCCUCUGCGCUUCCCCGGGGUGGAAAGUGA